UCAUUUCUGUUUUCGACUUUCUUUUGAUUCUCGUCAAUUACGAAUUUUAUGAUUUAAGCAAUACUUCAUCCAAAAUUAUUAUUAUUAUUGAUCAUAAUAGUACUAAUAAUAAUCUUCGAAAAUUAUAUCCACAAAAAUAUUCGCAUAUAUUAAACAGAUUAUGGGGAGUGGUACAUCAGCACUAACACCAAAAGUGAUUUAUUUUUCAAUUAAUGGAAAUAUUGAAAGGGUAAUUUGUGAAAAUAAAACAAUAAAAAGAGCACUAAUCUCAAUCUAUAGUUGAUGAUCUCAUUGUCAUGUUCGCAUUGUGAAAUUCACGAUUUAUUAUGCCUUCUGUCAAAUGUUCCAAAAUCGUCUCAUGUGAUGAUAACUGAUGUGAAUGGAUUAAAUGUGCCUUGUUCAGGUUCAAUGCCAACCAAUACAUAUAAUACACCCUAUACUGUGACAGUUGUGCACAAUUCAGAACCGAGUGAAAUUAGCCUCAUUGCUCGUAUGUUUGAAUCGCUGACAGUACAGUUAAAUGAUACUCUGAAAAUUACUGAUCUGAAAAAUGAAUUUGCAGAUCGAAUGCAGCUGUUAGAAAAACGAAUGGUUGUUGAAUCCGAUCGUCUAAACGAUUUAGAACGCGUUAGAAAAGAACUACAAGAAUUGAGAAAUCUGUUUUAUGAAAGAAAAUCGACUUUUUCAGGCAGUAGCGCUGAACGUAACUAUCCAGGGAAUCUUCGAAUGAGCAGUAAUGGUGUCAAAAUUGUAGAAAUGCAAAAUUUACCGGUUUUUGAAAAGUAUACACUCACCGAAUCAACUAUUGACUUUUUAAAGAAGCCAACAUUUGAUAUUUGGCACUGGGAACCAAAUGAGAUGCUGGCAUUACUUGAGCACAUGUAUAGUGAAUUGGGAUUAGUUGCCGAAUUCAAUAUUAAUCCGCUUACUUUGAAACGUUGGUUGUUGUGUAUACAGGCGAAUUAUCGAAAUAAUCCGUUUCAUAAUUUUCGACAUUGUUUUUGUGUUGCCCAAAUGAUGUAUGGUAUAUUAUAUCUGUGUGGAUUGAAUAAUGAUUUUUCACGUGAAGAACUUGGCAUCCUAUUGACAGCAGCUGUAUGUCAUGAUUUAGAUCAUCCUGGAUAUAGUAAUUCUUAUCAGAUCAAUGCAAGAACUGAAUUGGCUAUCCGAUAUAAUGAUAUAUCACCGCUUGAAAAUCAUCAUUGUGCUGUAGCCUUCAGUAUAUUGAAUCAUCCAGAAUUGAAUAUUUUUGCAAAUGUUAGUCAAGAUGUUUUCCGCAGAAUCAGACAGGGAAUGACAAGCCUAAUUCUAGCUACUGAUAUGGCUAGACAUGGUGAAAUAUUGGAAACAAUGAGAAGACAUUUAGAAGAAGGUUUUUCAAUGAAUAAAAAAGAACAUCGUGAAACCUUUAAAAUGGUGCUUAUAAAAUGUUGUGAUAUUUCAAAUGAAGUCAGACCAAUGAAUGUUAGUGAACCAUGGGUUGACUGUUUACUUGAAGAAUACUUCAACCAGUCUGAUCGUGAAAAAUUGGAAGGUUUACCAGUGGCUCCAUUUAUGGAUCGUGAAAAAGUUACCAAACCAUCAGCUCAAAUUGGUUUCAUUAAAUUUGUAUUAAUCCCAAUGUUUCAGACUGUAGCAAGUGUUUAUCCAAUCAUUGAUGAACUUAUGGUGACUCAGUUAAAUUCAGCAUUAGAACGAUAUGAAAAAAUGCAGGCUGAAGAUGAGGCCAAGAAACGAAGCGCUAAUUUAAAUGAAGCUGACUGAACAUGAACAGGGUUACAAAGGCAAAUGGGGAAAACAAGAGUAAGGAAAGAAAUCAGAAUUUAAAAACAAUCCCAAAAAAAUAAAAACAAAAGACAAAAUCUAUCGAGCUAUUUAUUAUACAUAUGGUACAUUAUACCUUCCAUUGUUCAUUGUUCAAUGGAUAAAAAUCUUUUUAAAAAUAGUGAUUUUGUUGUAUGUUGAUGUAAGUUAUGAGUUAUCGGGUUCACUUUUCAUUAUCUGUUUCCAUUCAUUAUUUGUCAACUUGAAUUGUGACAAUAUAGAAUAACCAAAUUUUUUCUGAAAAUAUUGAAAGGAGAUGUUGAUAUAUAUAAAAA